AUGAUAAGCUCAAAAAUUCAAAAGGCAGUCAAUUUUAUGCAUUUUCAUAGACGCCGUAUUUUGGUUGGUGCUGCAUUCACAGCGACUUAUGGCUUUUGCUGCAAAUAAUCAAUUAAUAGCAAAAAUGAAAUAUUUAGGAUGGGAGUAGCAGGAUCAUUAGCUAAUGUGAUGGUUGAGGCAGGAUUUCACUUUAUUGAUACGAUCAAUGUCAGAGCUAAAGUGCAUGAAUCAAAUAUUUCGAUGAUGAGCAUGGUUAGAAAGAUUUAUGUCAAAGAAGGAGUAUAUGGAUUUCUGAAGGGAUUCUCAGCAUGCUAUUAUGGAUCUGUAGCAUGUGGAUUUAUCUAUUUCUCACUUUACAAGCUGUUUAAGAUCUAUUUUAAAGACUUUUUCGGAGAAACCUAUAAUAUCGCCUGGACCUAUUUUAUGGCUUCAUUUGUAGCAGAAUUCUUUACCCUUAUUGUAUAUUAUCCCUAUGACUUGGUCAAAUGCAGAUUGUAGUCGAAGAAUUAUGUUUUUAAGUAUAGGAAUAUCCCUCACGCAUUUAGUAAAGAAAUAUAGUAAGGGUCAAUUGCUAGUUUAUAUAAGGGCUCGCUCCCAUUCCUUCUAACUUAUUGCUCAUGUGUAUCACUACAAUUCACUAUCUAUGAAUAUAUGAUGGCGAGGGAUAAGAUUUUAUACGGAGAAAAUUUUAAGGAUCAUGAGUUUUCCUCAAAUAUGAAAGCUUCAUUUAUAGGAGGUGCUGUAGGAAGUGGAAUUACUAAUUGCUUAGAUGUUAUCACAAUUAACAAGCAGGCAAAUCCUGACUUAAAUAUUCGAGAACUAAUUUAGAAGGAGAGAUUUGGGUUGUUCACCAAAGGAAUAAUGGCUAGAGUUCAAUACAACAGCUUGCAGUCAAUAGUGUUUUUCAAUCUUGUAAUGUUUAUCGGGAAAAUAUAUAAUGUUGAAUUAUCUGACGAUUGA